CGCAGUGCUUCAGCUGACACCAAGGGUUCAAGACGCCAAACCCAAGGACGCAGUUGGAGUGGCUGUCCUCAUGGUUGGCGACACGUGCAACACCUGAGCGAUGCCCGACAGCAUCACACAGGCCCCAAGCCAUGCCGCCAUAGCGGAGGUCCUCGCCAACGCUACAGCGAGCCUCUCAUUUCACCAGACCAGCCGAAGCGAAGGGGUCGGCGCCAACCCGGAGUCAGUCCUCGGACCGCAGUACCACAGCCACGUCCGCAUCGCGGUCAUCGUCAUCAUGAUCGCAUUCUCGGUCACGGGCAACAGCGUUGUCUGCUGGCGCUUGCUGCGCAACCACCGCCGGCGUCGCUACCAGAAGGCCCACGUGCUCUUCCUUAACCUCGCAGUGGCCGACCUUCUGGUCACCACAGUGACGAUGACUUCUCAGACUGUCUGGGAAGUCAUGGGCCGCGUCUGGAUCGCCGGAGACGCCUUCUGUCGUGUCUUCAAGGUCCUGCAGACGUUCGCGCUGGCCUCAUCCACCUACAUGAUUGUGAGCAUCGCGCUGGACAGGCACUUCGCCAUUGUGUACCCUCUCGCCAGGUGUCCUGCUCCAUGGCGCCUUGCUGCGGCGGCCUGGAUCGCAUCGCUGGUCCCGUCGCUGCCCAACUUGUACGUGUUCCGGGUGGUCGAAACCGACACGGGCGUUCGAUACUGCGCCUCACUGUUCUACGCGCAUAAGACUGCCUCGACACUGCCUCGCCAACUGUACAUGACCUUCGUGUUCCUGGCAGUGUUUGUGCUCCCUCUUGUGCUCCUGGUUGGCCUGUAUGGUCGCAUCCUCUUAGAAAUCUGGAGCCAGAGCUUGGCGUUCAGAAAUCGACAUCAGACUGCGUCAUCCUUGCCGAAGGCAAAGGUGAAGACCGUCAGGUUGACGGCAGCAGUCUUCGCGGCGUUUCUGGUGACCAAUGUUCCGUACAUGGUUCAGGAGAUGGUGUUGGCCUUCGGAGGCGCCAACGUGUCCUUAGACCGGAACAUGGUGGCCCUCUUCGGAGUUAUCUCGGCCUCAAACAGCGCCAUCAACCCGUAUAUCUUCCUAUGCUUCCAGAAGACAAACGCGAAACGCAAGCGUUUCGCGAUGGCCUUCCGUAGAGACGUCGUCGCCGAGAGCGAACUCGUGAACGGCCGCUCCAGUUUCGGCGGGACUAAGCACUACCCGACUUCGGUCAGAAAUCACUCGACCGUGUUCACUGUGUCCACAAAGGAGACGAAUGGAAAGAUAUCCCCGGACCUGCGCACCGAUUUCAGCGCUUUAUGACAUCGGAGGGCCGUGUCCUGGCUUUCGCGCAUGCCAGCCGUCUUUCGGGCGCUAAGGACCUCGUAAACGAAGGACGAGACUGUUCCUGUACCACUCAACAAUCCCCUGUGAUCACCUGUGAUACACCCAUGUGACGCUGUGUGACGCUGUAGAACUGCAUUUUUUUUUUUUUUUUUGUAUUCUGUAUCGGUUACGUAAAGACAGCGGUAUACCCUCCUCAUUCUUGUGAAGUUUCGGCAGAGCAUUCAGUGGAAUGCGAAGCUAUAGGAGCUGGAAUGUACAAAAAGGUAUCAUGUACAAGCACAAAAAAAAAAUUAAACUGAACCACGAGUGGGCAUGUUUUCCUUGGUGUUCACCAA